UCGCAGAGGUGCGUCUGCCCCUCCAGAUCAGAUUCCACCCUUGGCACCCGGCGGAGCUCAUCCCGCUCAGACCUCACGGCCCGCACCCUGCACACCCCGCUGAGCCCGGGCACACUACCCCAGACCGCCCUGCUGACCCCCACCUCGCUCCACCAUCCUCGGCGGCCUUUGAGCUGCCCAGCCUGGAUCCCAUGGGUCCUCCCAGCCCUUCCCGCCACUCCAGUGUCGGGCCAGCUCCCUUGAGUCGAUCUUACGGGGCCUUUCCGGGUCUCCCUGAACCCUCCCCUGACCUCACUGGGAGAGGUCCUCCCGCGUGGAGCCCUAGAAGCCUGGACUGCAGUCUGUUGGGGGUAGAGAUGGACAACAGGCAGCAGCGUCCCCAGAGGAAGAUGCUGCAGUGGCAGGUCACUCAAGAGCCAGGGCAGCAGUCUUUCCCAGAUGGGCCUUCAGCAACCUCAGUCCAGCCAGACACUGAGAGCAACCCUUGGAAGGAUCUGCAGACCCAGGACUGGGUGUGCGAGCCUCCGGGGCCCAGGCGCCUAGGCAGCUGCUGGAACGUCAGCAUCGAGGAGCGCCGACGCCUGGCGAUGCAGCGCGCAAGGGAGGGGCCAGGCGCCGGGGUCCCCUCCCAAGACCCGGACAUCACGCGGAUGGUGGCCGAGCUGGCGUCGGAGGACGUGGUCAGGGACGUGCUCCUCCCUCACCGGCUCAGAUCCUUCAAUUCCAGCAAUGCCUUCCAGGACUUCUUGACCCGGAGCGCACCCUUUUGGCAGAACGCGAAUUUUGAGGCCCUGACCUAGAGGUCACCCCUCUCCUAAGAGCCCAGCUCCUAAGAGCGCAGCUAGUAUCUGUGGUCCAGUGCCUUUCUUUGGGGGCGGGAAGUGGUGAUGGUGGGGAGACGACCUCUGUGCCAAGCCCUCUUUGUGUCCCAUGGGGUCAGGACCUAUACACAGAAGAGGAACAGGCUGGGGCAGAGGUCUCAGGACUCAGGAGAGCUGCUCUUCCUGGGGCCCUGGCGGGGAGGUAGGGAAGAGAGUCAGAGAGCAGUCUUCUGAAAGAGCAACUGCACUGUGGACAUAAUGGUGUCCAGCACCUGUGGGCCCAUAAGGAGACCCAACGGCACACAGGCCCUGGUUCAUGACCCAAUGCCUUGCUUGGGGCCCUCCAAUGGCGGGACCAUUUCACAACCACGUGAGACCCACAGGAUCCUGCCUCAAGGCCUCUAUGGGCACCUUUGACCUGGGAUGGGGACAGUUUGAUGGGGAAAGGAACCCAGUGAGGGGCUGGACAGAAGCAGGCUUCCAGGAGCAGGUGGUGACCCGGCUCAUUCUGCACAGCAAAUGAAUGGGACAGGGCCUGGAAGGCAGUGUACAUUAUACAGAGCAUCUGGGGCAGUAUGAGGAAUCCUGAACCCACAGCUAAGUCUACCCUUGUAGAGGUGUUGGGGGGCCUGCAGAAGGAUUCUGGGCUGGGGUGAUCACAGAUGCCAUACUUUGGGGACAUCAACCUGGAGGGGAGGCAGGGUGGUAUCCUGUCGGUGUGGGGCCAAACACCUUGGAUUUCCAAGACCGGUAGGGGUGUUCCGGGCUUUUCCGUGAGUGUGGCGGGGUCCAAGGAGCUUUGAGUCAAAAGGAAAUGAUAGGUCCUAGGUUCCCGUGAGGGCAGGAGUCAGGCCUGUGCUCAGUUGGGCCUGACUAACCAGCUGGCUUGUGGUACUAUACCAGCUGGUUCCUGUAUGGAGCCCAUUGCUAAGGCACAGACUUACCCUUGCUGGACAUGGUGUCCCUGACCUGACUUGAAUUCCAUGCUCCUGCUUCCCUCCCUCCCUAAGACUCAGUGAAAUACCUCCUCCUGAUCACCCAGCUCUCUCCGGAGUCCCCCGAGUGUAAUUCUUGUCCACCCUGUAGGACUCGUUUCUUGGAUGGCAAGGGAAGGAGGAGGGCAGCACAUGGAACUGCAAGGACAGGUAGUGGUCAGUCCCAAGGAGUGGGGUUUGGACAGGUCCUUGAGGCAUAUUGUGACCCCCCCUCCCCGUUCUCAGAGGCCCCUGAAGAUGAC